AUGUUCAAGGCUCUUACUGCUGUCGCUGCCCUUGGCGCCGUCGCUUCGGCGUACGAUCUGCCGGAUAACCUUCGCCGCAUCUACGACAACCACCGUAGCGGCGGCUGUGGCAAUGCCCUCUCGGGAACUUUCAGCGGAGGCGCUGUCUACUGCGGCGACAUUCCCAACACCGUCUUCCUCAAGGGCAACAACGAGUACGACAAUAUGGACAUUGACUGCGAUGGCGCUAACAACCACGCUGGUGACUGUGCCAAUGACCCCUCGGGCCAGGGACAGACUGCGUUCCAGAGCACCGUGCAGAACUUUGGCAUCAGCGACCUUGACGCCAACUUGCACUCCUAUGUCGUGUUUGGUAACGAGGGUGCUAACCCGUCCUUCCGGCCCCAAGAUCACGGUAUCCAGCCACUCAGUGUCAUGGCUGUCGUGUGCAACAACCAAGUCUUUUACGGCGUCUGGGGCGAUACCAACGGCUUCACGUCGACUGGCGAGGCUUCCAUUGCCCUUGGCAAGACAUGCUUCCCCAACGAUGGUCUUAACGGCGACAAUGGCCACGGUCCCAACGAUGUCCUGUAUCUCGCAUUUGCUGGCAAUGAUGCUGUUCCCGGCCGAGACGGCGCUAAGUGGACGGCUGGUAGCCCCGAGGAGUUUCAGGAGAGUCUGCGCAGCAUUGGCGAGCGUCUUGUGUCCCAGCUCCCUUCUUAGAUAGAAAUAAGUAUGAAUCAAGUAGCGAGAAUAUAUUACUCUAUCAAAGUUUCUAAAUGC